GCAAGGUUUAAAUCACAAAAAACACGCAAGAUGAACCAGAACCAGCACGGGCAGCACCAAGAGCAGCAGGGCGGCAACCUGGAAGAAAGGCGCGAGCCACAAUUCCUGUUCGAAAACCCUCCUGUCGCCUAUGGCUACGUCGACACGUCAUGGGCAGCUCAUAUCACGAUGAUGCAUCAAUUGGAGCCGCAUCAAAGGUACGAAUGUAUUGUCCAUUGAAUUCGAUGAACGAAGCUGGGGUUGUUUCUUUGGUUGCAGAUGUCUCUUCUUUCCUUCUCGUGUACGUCGUACAUACAGACUGAUGAGAACUCGUACCCAUUGCUAUGGGGUGGCAAUCCAUGUCGUGAUCUAUCGUUGUGUAUCUCUCCAUAGACUCGCUUGAUGGGUUUUGGGAUCCUCAAGGGUUUGCCUGUUUCAUACCGCCGUGAACAACAGAAUCGGCAUGCGAAACGAAACAUUUUUUUAAAAAUCCCAUCGUCCCCGAAAAGUCRCAUCCACACGGUACCCUUUACCGCGUUCGUUCUCAAAAAUAUUGUUCGUUCCUUUGAGAGCCGCAACAURUUUGGGGGGACGUCGUUUUAAAAGGGGUAAAAUAUAACCCAAAAUCGCGCAACGCCAGAAAACUCCCUCCACUUCAUCCACGAUCGAUACUUUUCUAGCGAUAUCCAUUCAAUCAACGCCUGUUUUGCAGGCCGGCGUAAGAGCGUGGCAGUGCAGUACGGGGGAUUUUGAGGCUGAGGCUUGCUGCUGAUGUUUCUCGUGCUGUUGCUCUAUGAUCAAUUUGAGGCAUCCCAAACUACUGAACAGUACGAGUUCUCGUACCGUACGGCAUGCUAACUCAAUACGAACAAUAUUAAUUAACACCACACCCACCCAAACUUUUUUCUUUGUUUGCCUGGGGCUUCAUUAUCCUUGUUGCAGGUACGAGUACCCGCACCAACCCCUGCAACAAUCUAUGGAGGGGGUACCCUUACCGCCGGGAAUACCCGGCCUAGGAGGCAGCACAGAUCCGCUGGAGGCUGUUCUAGGGUAAGUGCUAGUAGUGGUUGCCGUGCUCUUCAUCGCAAAGAUAUAGCGAGGGAAGAAGAAGGUAGAAAUGAGUAACUAAUGAGUGAAAUUUGCAUCGAAAGGCAUGCAAGAACCAUGAUAUAUUCUUUUACGAUCGACCUCCUCUCGCUGAAGAUCAUAGACUCACAACGAAACCGUGUAAUCAAUUCCUUCGCCUUUUCUUCUGCGCAAAUUUGGUCAUAUCAAUCAUUAAUGCCUACAGACCCUUUCCUUGCGCCAGACUGCGGAACUUGCCUUUCGAUGCAACUUUGGAGGAUAUCUUGAUCCUCUUUCAGGGGUUAGUAGUUAUUGACGUUGUCUUAAUUGGACAAGGCGAAGCAUUUGUAAUCUUCGCUAAUCCAAUGGACUAUCAGAUGGCGCUGCAGCGGUAAGUCGGACAAAACAGUAGAAUCAAAGGGACGAAUUUUACAAGUCUUUCGCCGUUUUACUUUAACCUCAAAUCUCUGUUUCUCACGUCUCUCCUUGAUUUGUAUUUCUUGCGUCUAUAAUGACCAACCGAUCUAUCUCUACUACACUUUUCGUGGUAGUGACCGUCAAACAAUCGGUAGAAGUUUUGUUGCAAUCACUCCGGGAUCGCGCUCGGAUUAUUAUUCGGCUAUUGCUACAGUAAGUGUUUUUCUUGCUGUGUAUCUGCUUAAUCAUUUCUCUUUCACACCACAUUCGCUCUUUAGUUUCUUGUAUCUAACGUACAUUUGUAACUUGGAUUUUCUUUCAUCAUUUAUUAUCUUGUGGCUACAGCAACAAUGGCAAGAAACUCAAGGGGGGCCAAUAGUGCGCACUAGCGACGAUAUCCAUUUAGGGGAAGAACACCAUCAUCAUCAUAAGGAUACGAAAGGGACAGAAUUGUUUGGAAUGAUUCCUUCCGGUUAUCCUAGUCAAUCCUCCUUGGGAGGACACGGUGGUGGAAGAAGCGAUAGUGGUUCGCGGCGUGGCGGCGGCGGCGGAUCCAUAGGCGGAGGUUCAAUGAGUGGAAGAAGCAAUACCGGACGCAUGAAUCCUCCCGGAGUGAUUGUGAAAAGAACUGGAGGAGGAAUUCAGAUCGGAGAGCACACUGGUUUCCUUCGUAUGCGUGGAUUGCCCUUCAGUGCCACGAAGGAAGACAUCUAUGUGUUUUUUGAGGAGUACAACACAGUUUCUGAUUCUAUCGUAUUGACUUAUAGAAGUGACGGACGGGCCACCGGCGAAGCCUACGUUCAAUUCGAGACUGGCGAGGAUUCAAAACGUGCUAUGGAUCUUCAUCGUAAAAUGAUGGGCAAUCGCUACAUCGAGCUGUUUCUCAGCAACAAAGAAGAGCACGGGCGGGCCCUAGCGCGUUUCGGCGACCGUUAAGAUUUCAUCCGUGCUGCUUUACAACGAAAACUACAACUACAACACCAACAACAAAAACAACAAUCAGGUUUGACUGUAUUAUGCACGAAAGUCGGCUUAGAUUCACAUAAAAUUUUUAUGUCACUGGAUCAAGCAGCGAUUAUGUUUCAAGGGGAGAGAACAAUUUGAAAACAGAACAAAAUAGAAAUGGAACCGUUUGACCAACCGGCGAAUCGAUAUCCUUGGCGGAGUCUUUUCCUGUCGGAAGUCAUUUGUAGCAAUCGCAUGUUAAUUCAUCAUAAGAUAUUACUUCGAAUCAAACCAUAAAAACCGU